CAGAGUGGACUCUUCUUGUCAGAUCACAGUUUCCUGCCAUCCAGAACAGACAGACUGUCCACACCUGGAGUUCCAACCCCAGAUAUGAGGCUUCAUUCCUGGGAAGGGACUCACCGUCUCCUGCCUCUCCUGGUGCUCUUCUCGGUUCUCUUGUCCCACACUACAGCAGAGCAGCACUCAGACAGGAAGAGAUACUACUAUAUUGCUGCAGUGAACAUAGAUUGGGACUACACAUCUAAUGGACCACACAGGUAAAACUAAAACAACAUAUUUCAAUAGUUUUAUAUGAGAUUUCCUAUAUUCCUUUUUUUUUCUGUGACCUUUUUUCUUUGUGUUGGGUCCUGCAUGUGAAGUUGACUCUCUUUGGCCUCGCUAAGAGUAGUGUUAAUUCAAGUGUUUGGCACAUGCUGUUGACUACAUGACAGAUUUACUGAGUUGAUCUGGCUCUUGUCUUCUUGGAGGGUGUACCGUGUAAUUGUUUGAUCUGGUGUAUAGGUCAUGAUAGCACCACAGUGCUCUCUCACUUUUGUUCCACUGAAUGGAACAUGGGACAAAAUGAAACCUUACUGUUCUUUCUUUAUAUCAUUGUGUAUAUGUCAAGUAUCUCUAUCAAUUAUGUGAAGAUUACAGUCUGGUUAGAAGGCAAUAUUGUCCUCAUUGGAAAAAGUUAGGCUUUAAUAAUUAUGUUUUAUGUUUUAACGUAAACUCAAUACAUUUACAAUCUCCAGUCAAUUCAUUUUGACAAGUUCUUGAUUAUUAUCACCUUUAUGAUGUGAACCGAGACUGUGGAAUAUGAAAGGAUGUACAUCAUAAUUAUGUAUUUAACUUACUGAAUUAUGUGUAGAAUUUGUCUUUCUAUAUCAUCCACUGUGUGUUUAUCAUUGGGUCCUUUUCUGUUCAUUCACUAUUUGUGUUUUUCCAUUGUUGUCUAGGUCUGGCCCCUCCUAUAAGAAAGUGGUUUACAGGGAGUAUGAGGAGGGAUUCAAGCAGGCCAAGACCCAUCCUUCCUGGUUAGGUAAAUUAUGUUUAUGCUUUGGCGUUUUCACCGUUGUCGGGUAAAUGAUGUGUAGGGUCAGGGCUAUCCCACAUACAGUCUGUCUUUCAUUAGUGAAUGUUCCUGUUUCCCCAUACAGUCACAACCCCACCUCAAGUUCCAUCAUGACUGAUAAACACAAUAAACAUGGAAAGAUAGAUUUACUCCUUUCUGCAUGUACUGUAUGUGUGUCUUUCGGAGUGGUUGGAAUAAAGAGGAACUUACAUUUCCGUUGGACCUUCUUCUCCAUCUUCUUUUCUGACCGAAUGACAAUGUAUCAUGUUGAAUGAUGAAUUUAAUUUCUGUUAUAGCAUCAAUGGUGUGAAUUUAACUCUGAAAGUGUAAAAUGUACACUAUUGUCAAUGAACAUAUGAGUCCCACUGAACUGGUAUUAAAAUAAUAAUUUUGAAAGUGUUAAAGAUUUAACUCUGUUGCAGUGUUUCCCAUUUUACUUUUAAAAUGUUCAUAACACUUGAUUUGGUGUAAACUGGACUCCCUUUGCUUACUGCUGACUCUGUUACACUUUCUCAGUGUAAGGAAUUAACACCUGUAGUUUUACAGUAAAUCAUUUUUGGGUGUUGUUUAAAAACUGUAUGGUGUAAAGUCUAAUUUUCAUAUUUCCCAGGAUGCCUUUUCUUUUUGAGUAAAUUGUAGAGUUAACACCCAUGACUGUAUUUGUUAGUGACAGAGACAUGGUUGAUUAAUUAUUUCCUAUGGUUUUCACCAAGUGAGUUCCUGGGCAAAUGUUAUCAUUAAAAUGUAACUAUAACAAUACAUUACAUAUAUCAUAAGGCCUUACUUAUUGGCCUACUUGAUGGCCUAGUUUUACCCCAACACAGUGGUGUUAGGAAACUUCGGGUUUACAGGCCACAGCAGGCCUGCACGUCACAUUAUGCUGGCUUGCAAAGUGAUAUUUAAUACCUAUUGGAAUCCAGCCAGAGUUAAGAUAUCCAACAGUUGGAAUUUUUAUUCACCUGCGCCCUGCAUUCAGAAUGACUUUCAGGAUUAAGAGAUUUCAUGAAAAACACUACCUAAACCAUUUAUACUGGAACAACCAUUUCAGUAACAGGCACAAUACAUCUAACUGAUUGGAUUAGUUUAGAUUUUUUUUUUUAUUAUUUAUCUUUGUGUAGCAUAAGAUUAAGCACAGAUAUAUAUAUAUAUUUUUUUUUUAAAAACUGCAGUAGCAUUUUGGGAAAUAUGAUAAUGAUAGGUGUGGUUUUGAUGGGACUGUUUAAAUCUCCACAGUAUAAAACAAUAUCUCUGGUUAUUAACACCAACACUGAGUGUUAGUGUCACUCUUACAGUGUGAAUUUAACUCCCGAAUCAACAGUAUACAUUUUAUACUGAAAAAUAAACACUGGCCAAUUUGCUGUGUGUUAUAGCGCCUUUAGUCGCAAAGUGCUUUGCAUUGUAUGGGAUAAUAUGGAGUCCACCACCACUAAAUUGUAGAAAAAGUACUUUUUCUUCCAUGACUAACUACCAGGAAGUUCAAAGGACCGACUGAGUGGGUGGGGAGCUAUUAUUCAUGAGCUCUUUGAAACACCUAUGUCAAGGAACUUGGAUGCAGUGAGUAGUGUUGCAGUAAAAUCAUCAUGUACAUUUGGUGAUACACAAAGCAACUCAAACAUUGCAAUUGCAUAAUUUUUUUUAUACAUCUCCCAUUUGGCAUGUUUCUUGCGAUGUGGUUCACAGAAGCACUGACGUAUGUGUUGACUUGACAACUGCGUCAGAGUUUUGAACUACCCUUCCCUCCCUUUUGUUCCAAGUUGGCUGAAGACUAGCAAACACAGUAACUAGCAAACACCAAACACAGAUGAAACGGGAAACAUAUAAGUAUCUUUGCCAUAGAUGAACAGGGUAAACUUUUAUUUUGCUGACACCCUACAGUCAAAUUUUGACACCAGUAGAGUAGCUAUAGAGCUAUAUAAACCACUCCCCUCUGCAAAGACGCUUUCUCUGAUGUUGGUUACAAGGUGUUUGACAUAGGGGAGGGGACCAGUAACUUUUACAUCAAACUUUAUCAAUGUAGAAGCAACAGUCAUUUUCCAUACUUUGUUCAUCAUACUUGAUGAUAAAGCGAUUGUGGGGGCUGUUUUGUUAGACUUCAGUGUGGCUUUGACAUUAUCGAUCAUAGUCUGUUGCUGGAAAAACGUAUGUGUUAUGGCUUUACACCCUCUGCUAUAUUGUGGAUAAAAGACUUACCUGUCUAACAGAACACAGAGGCUGUUCUUUAAUGGAAGCCUCUCCAACAAAAUCCAAGUAGAAUCAGGAAUUCCCCAGGGUAGCUGUCUAGGCCCCUUACUUUUUUCAAUCUUUACUAACGACAUGCCACUGUCUAUGUAUGCGGAUGACUCAACACUAUACAUGUCAGCUCCCACAGCAACAGAAAUGACUGCAACACUUAACAAAGAGCUGCAAUUAGUUUCAGAAUGGGUGGCAAGGAAUAAGUUAGUCCUAAAUAUUUCAAAAACUAAAAGCAUUGUUUUUGGGACAAAUCAUUCACUAAACCCUAAACCUCAACUAAAUCUUGUAAUGAAUAAUGUGGUAAUUGAGCAAGUUGAGGAGACUAAACUCCUAGGAGUAACCCUGGAUUGUAAACUGUCAUGGUCAAAACAUAUUGAUACAACAGUAGCUAGGAUGGGGAGAAGUCUGUCCAUAAUAAAGCUCUGUUCAGCAUUCUUAACAGCAUUAUCAACAAGGAAGGUCCUACAGGCCCUAGUUUUGUCACACCUGGACUACUGUUCAGUCGUGUGGUCAGGUGUCACAAAGAGGGUCUUAAGAAAAUUGCAACUGGCACAGAACAGGACAGCACGGCUGGCCCUCAGAUGUACACAGAGAGCUAACAUGAAUAAUAUGCAUGUCAAUCUCUCCUGGCUCAAAGUGGAGGAGAGAUUGACUUCAUCACUACUUGUAUUUGUGAGAAGUAUUGACAUGUUGAGUGCACCGAGCUGUCUGUUUGAACUACUGGCACACAGCUCGAACACCCAUGCAUACCCCACAAGACAUGCCACCAGAGGUCUCUUCACAGUCCCCAAGUCCAGAACAGACUAUGGGAGGCGCACAGUACUACAUAGAGCCAUGACUACAUGGAACUCUAUUCCACAUCAAGUAACCCAUGCAAGCAGUAAAAUUAGAUUUAAAAAACAGAUAAAAAUACACCUUAUGGAACAGCAGGGACUGUGAAGCAACACAAACAUAGGCACAGACACAUGCAUGCAAACACACGAUAACAUACGCACUAUACACAUUCGUACACAUGGAUUUUGGGUUGUAGAUAUUUGGUAGUAGAGUAGGGGCCUGAGGGCACACACUUAAUAUGUUGUGAAAUCUGUUGUAAAUGUAUUUCAUGUUUUUAAAAAAUGUAUAACUGCCUUAAUUUUGCUGGACCCCAGGAAGAGUAGCCUUGGCAGCAGCUAAUGGGGAUCCAUAAUAAAUACAAAUACAAAUAAAUACAAAUACUUUGAUCUGGUUUCAUCCAAAUGUCAUCAUAUUUCAUGAAAAACAUGAUUUUGACUGUUCAGAAAAGUAACAGAAUUUAAGAAAAGUAACCAAAUUAGCAGCAAGGACAUCCCUCUCAACCAAUAUGUUUUUGUUGUUGUUGUGUUUUGCAGGGCUCCUUGGGCCCACCAUCCGUGGUCAAGAGGGAGAGACCAUCGUGGUCAUGUUCAAGAACAUGGCGGAUAGCCCUUACAGCCUCCACGCCCACGGGAUCGCUUACGGGAAGCAGUCAGAGGGUGGGUACCAACCAAUGAUGUCAUCUGUAUUAACUGGCCUAUCAGAGCUCAGUGGUGGCUACUUUUAAAUUGGGAUUUAUUUGACAGGUAUUCCCACUAAAUGUUCUCUUCCAGAAUUCUACAGAUAUCAUUUAUUAAAAUCUGUCGGAAAUGUCCAACAACUUACAGGGUUAGCCAUGGUUGGUGUCAUCAUGGCUGUGGUAGCUAUGUGGUAACAGUGAGGUAUCCUAUCCCAGACAGAUUCACCCAUCCUGUGGCCUAGACAGCCAUUGAUGUGGUUGGAAAAGGGGACUUGGAUGUUAUUCAUUCAGUUAAGUACACAUGUUAGGCAGUUAAGUACACAUGUUAGGCAACACAAGCAGCUGUGUUUGGCCUUUUCAUUAAUAUUAACCAGGACAGACAGAUUAACAUACCAGACAGUACUAAAGUCCAAAAGGAUACUCUCUAAAACCUGUGGAAAUCCAUGAUUUCCCCUAAUACAGCUUUGGGGGGGUUGAGAGAUGAGUUUUGUAAGUGCACAGGAUGUAGAAUUAUUACUCUUUAAUUAAUGCUUAACUCAAAAUUAAUUGUGACAUUGCAAGGUUAUGUAAUAUUGUAACAAGAUGGCAGUAAAUAGACCUCUUAAAUUCCCCAGAUUUUCCCUGAUUCUACUAUUUUUUAUUAAGAUGGUUUGCAUAUUUUGGAGAUCAGUCAUUUGUUAAAUGUUAACUGGGGUCACUGUAAAUUGUAAAUGUAUUUAGAGUAUAUGUGCAUCAGGCCAGGUGACCAAGUUUUAACCUUGUACAACAUCAAGACAAAUUCUGAUCAUUGAAUGGCAAUAAAGUUAUUUCUCUUUCUGCUUUAUUUCAUUAUUAUGAACCAAACAUGUCUCCCUUUAGGCUCCCUGUACUUUGACAACACGUCUCAGUUUGAGAAGGAAGAUGAUGCGGUGCCCCCUGGAGGUGAACACACAUACUACUGGGAGGUGACAUCAGACGUGGUCCCCCGGGCCGCAGACCCCUCCUGUCUUACCUACACCUACCUCUCCCACUUUGACAUUGUCCAGGAUUACAACUCAGGACUGAUCGGCACCCUGCUCAUCUGUAAAGCAGGUAUGUAAAUGUUAAUGUAAAAUGUAUGAGACAUAUUCCUGAUUUUUUUUGCUUCAAGUACCAAAACAUCCAUGUCAGUAAGUAACCAGAAAGAAAUCAACUGAACUACCCUUUGUACCUCCCUCCAGGUAGCCUUGACGUGUCUGGAGAACAGGUGUUGUUCCACCAGGAAUACGUCUUCCUCAUGGGGGUGUUGGAUGAGAGUAGGAGCAGGUACAAGCCAAAGAUGGACAGUGCCACUGCCACUCAAAGCCACAUCAAACACACCAUCAAUGGAUACACCAAUGGAUCAGUGCCAGGUCAGUCAAUCAGAUCUCAUCAUUCUGAGUUCUGCUGAUAUCUGCAGAUAAGGGUUGUUGUGCUUUAAGUAGUUUAGGUUGUCUGCUUUAGUUGUUCCAUCCCAGCUGGUUAUUUGUUGGAACUAUUGCUUCCACCUAAUCCUUACUCAGAUUCUAUAGUUAUAGGGCGUGUAGAGGGCUCAUUCCUGGUAUUUCAAAGUCUGUCCCCCUCCCCCUCCCCGUCUUCUCUCCAUCUCCUCCUCCUGUCUCUCCCUUCCCCCCAGGUCUGACUGUCUGCGCCCACACCUCUGUCAGCCUGCACCUGGUGGGGAUGAGUUCGGAGCCUGAGCUGUUCUCAGUGCACAUCAACGGGCAGGUCCUGCAGCAGGCCGGACAUCGGGUCUCCUCAGUGGGCCUGAUCGCUGGCACCGCCACCAGCGCCAACAUGACCGCCGUCAACACGGGCCGCUGGCUCCUCUCCUCACACACCAGCAAGCACCUGGAGGGUACGUGUCAAUGGCUUUACGUCAAAGGGUGCCAAAACAGUUAUUCGGCUGUCCCAAUAGAAUAACCCUUUUUGGUUCCAGGUAGAACUCCCUUGGGUUCCAUGUAGAACGCUCUGUGGAAAGGAUUUUACAUAGAACCGAAAAGAGUUCUACCUGGAACCAAAAAAAUGUUAUUUAAAGGGUUCUCCUUUGGGGACAUCCGAAGAACCGUUUUAGGUUCUAGAUAGCACAUUUUCUUCUAAGAGUGUAGCUAGUAUUAUAUUUGGUUAUGGGUUCUGAGAAUGUGUAUGGUGUGAGAUUUACUGUGAUGGACCGCAGAGCAGAUUUAAGUUUAUUCAGAUGUAUUGUAGUGUAUUGACAUUUUCAAAUGCACUUUGAAUCAAGUUUGAUUGAUUGAAUGUUUAAUGUUCUAUUCCCAACAUGUUAAAUCAACAUGACCCUCCUGAACAAACGAACUUCUCUGCUGUUGUAGCUGGUAUGCAUGGCUUUGUGGAAGUGAGGAGCUGCGAGGGCUUUAACCCUCCCAAACGUAAACUGACCCUCAAGCAGAAACGAGAGAGCCAGGAGUGGACCUAUUAUAUCGCAGCUGAGGAGGUUGUCUGGGACUACGCACCAAACAUGCCAGAAUACAUUGAUGGGUAAACAGCUAUACAGAUAUUUAUUGACUUACUCAUUUCACUUCACUUUAGCCCACAAUUAUUUAUCUAUCUAAACUUAAUUCAGCCAAUUUAGAAUUGGGAACAAAUUCAGCCUUAUACAGUAACAGAUAAUACCACCGUUGUAUUUGUGACAUGCUCGCCACUUUGACAUUCUCCAUUAAUCUGUUGACUAGUCUCAGUGUGACCUGACUUGCUGUGACAUCACAUCCUCUUCUCUUACUGUUCCUCUCAGGGACUUCAAGUUCAAGUACCUGAAGCAAAGCCCGGAGCGUAUAGGCCAGAAGUAUAAGAAGGCAGUGUACACGCAGUACAAAAAUGCCAGGUUCACUGAGAGGGCAGAGAACAAACAGAGGAAGAUGGAGGAGGGCAUCAUUGGCCCUGUCAUCAGGGCGCAGAUCAAUGAUGUCAUUAAGGUGAGACACAAAUGUUCUAUUUUCAUAUGCCCACUUUUUUCAUGUGCCCAAUUCUUAAGUUGUGUAAGAUGUGUAUUCUACCUUCUUCUCCAUGUAUGAACACUACACUGUGUGUCCACAAGUGUCUUUUGCCAGUGCCCUCUCAAGCAUCUUUUCCCCACAUUCACAGAUUGUCUUUAAGAACAUGGCCACACGACCGUACAGCAUCUACCCACACGGACUGACCAUCGACAAGGCAGCAGAGGGGGCCAACUACCCAGCAGGAGGUAACCAGACCCAUGGGGUUCAGCCUGGUGAGACGCAUAUCUAUGUGUGGGAGGUGAUCGAGGAGAAUGAACCUUUGGCAGGCGACUCGCAAUGCCUGACACGUAUGUACCACAGUGCAGUGAACACACCCCGAGACAUCGCCUCAGGCCUAGUAGGACCUCUGCUCAUCUGCAAGAGCCAGUCCCUCGACAAGAGGAAUGUGCAGGUACUACACUGAUACUACUUCUACUCAAUUACUAAUACAUUACUUCUAAGGACCAUGCAGGUACUAUACUAUACUACUGCUACUUCAUUACUACUACUGCACUACUAGAACAUUUUACUUCUACUACAUAUGUACUGGAACUGGCCUCUCUUCUCUACUAAUUUAAUUCAAUGUACUUUUACAGAUUUUGAUGUACAGUGUUAAAUGAAGCUUUGUCUCUGCAGCUGAAAUCAGACAAAGAACAGCAUGCCAUGUUUGCUGUUUUUGACGAGAAUAAGAGCUGGUAUCUAGAUGACAACAUUGCAUCGUACAGUGAAACAGCAAAGGUCAAGAAAGAAGACCCAGACUUCUAUAAAUCAAACAUUAUGCAUAGUGAGUAUCACUCCCCUUCACCAAUAAAAUUCAUACGUUAGAGACAGCAAUGGUCUGGUACAGCCAGAAGAGUAUUGAAAUUGAAAAAACUGAUCAUAUACUAAAUCUUUCCUCCUAUCUGGAAUGCACUCCACAUAGAAGAUUCACAUUCAUAAAAAUCAACUGCCUAUAACUGUCAAAAACUGUGCUUCAUAUACAGAAUAAUAAUUUUCUCAAAUUUGACCACUUCCUUUAUUGACUUAAAUGGUACCAUUUCCUCCCCCAGCGAUUAACGGUUACGUGUUCGAGAGUGGUCAGCUGCUGGGCUUCUGCAAUGGUGAGAUCGUGACAUGGCACGUGUCCAGUGUUGGAGUGCAGGACUACAUCCAGACUGCAACCUUCUACGGUCACACUUUCGACUUGAACGAUCACACUGAGGACUUCCUCAGCCUGUUCCCCAUGACUGGAGAGACCAUCACCAUGAACAUGGAUAACAUUGGUGAGUCAGCGGUUAAUGGGUUAACUGACCAUACACUCAACUCCCAAACCUCUAACCUCUAACCCUUGAUUCUACAAGAUACAAUAGAUAGGUUAGUGGUGAAAAUUGCAUUGCAAGCACAAUACAGGAUGAAGAUGAUGUAUUGUGUAUCUUUUUGUUAGGAUUCAAAGACUAAAUGUGGUCUGUUCCUAUGUUAGGUAUUUGGCUGCUUGCUUCCCUGAACUCCCAUGAGACCACCAAGGGGAUGCGUGUGAAGUUCAGAGACGUGGAGUGCUACCGAGACUACGUCUAUGAAUACGAAGACGAGACGGGGAUGGAGACGGAGACAGAGACGGGCAGAGACGGGACGAAGGGCAGUGCUGUCUUCUCCAUCUGGAAACCCAUGGAUAUCAACAAGGCCAAAGAGGAGGAUAAGAAGGAUGAGGUGAUAGAGAAAAAGAAAAAGGUGGAGAUUGACGAUUAUACAGCGGGCUGGGCUGAUUUGCUGGAUCUUAGGUCAAUCAAGAAAAAGACAAAUGAGACGGACGUGGAGAUGUUGGAUUUCUCUAUGUUCAACUACGAUAGCGUUGAUGUGCCCGAUCCCGAUGGAGACGCGAACGCAAACCCCACCUCAUCCUCUUAUGAUGCACCGACUAACACAUCAUUGGCUGAGAGGGAGCCGAUUGAUGGAGGCAACUUUACGAACAAGAGCAUCAUUGAGAAUGCAACAGAAGCGCUGAACUUUACUACAGAUCAGUUAGACUCAAGUCUUAACAGCUCCUCAAUGGCUGAGACAGAAGCAAAGAACAUAACAGUUCUUAACAACAGUUUAUCAAUUACAGACUUCAACAUCAUUUCAGGAAGUACCAAUAGUACAGCAGUUACAGCAACCGAAGCCUCACCAGGUCCGUUCAACAAUAGCUCAAAGGCUGAGAGAGAGAGAGUGAUACAAAUCAGAGGUGAUUGGACCACUGUGAAUAGCACCUCAAACGUUGAAGCAUUAGUGGAAGAGUUAGAGGAAAGGAUUACUCGAGGCGAUGUCUUCUCUUACUCUGUGCCUCUUUCCGACCCCUCUUUCAUCAGUACAGAAGAGAACAGGGGGACUGAUGGCAAGGAUAUUGUACUCCUGGGCAGAGAGCCUACAACUGCUUCAGCCAAUGAAAACGGUAAAGCUUCAAAUUCAUCUCUAAAUAUAACCAACCAAUCGGAGAGUGUGAUGAGUGCUGAAGUUGCAGAGUUAAUUUUUAUCCUAGUGGAAGAACACAACAUGACCAACUUUGACUUUGAAACUGAGGAAAGUGGUAACAUAACUGUGAACGGUUCAUUGCACACCAACACCACCACUGAGCAAGGAAAUGGUACCUAUUUCUUUGAAGCCACUUCUACAACUGACAACUCCAGCAGUGGGGUGCCACAAAAUGGCAAACAACCAUCAGACAUUGAAACAUUCUCUGACAUAGUGCCCAAACAAAAUGGUACAGCAAACACUUCUGGUUUGAACCACUGGAAUUCAUCAGAGGAGACUAGUUCUGAGAGUAAAAAGAACGUUACUGUGCCAGAUGUCGUGGUAGAGUUGUCCUCAGAAAGCUCAGAAUUCUCUAAUGAGACUACUGAUGCUAAUCCUGGUGCGGCCAACCUGUCACUGUCAACCAAUCAGCAGCCAGACAGCAGCUUGGAGGAGAUUCUAUCCCAGAGUUCCGAGAGCUCUAAGGAGGAAGUGGUAAUCUACCUGAGAAACAACAGGAGUGAGUUCAUCCGCACCAUCUCCGUUGACCUGCAGGGGGAGCACUGGGGCUAUGAGGGGACACUCGAGAUGGUCCCCAUGGAGAUGCCAGAUCACAUUACGAAAUAUGUUGGAAACGAGCUCCUAGAUCCGCCAAAUACAUUGGAACCAAGCCCAAAUCCGGAAACGCGGAAACCCAACAUCAAGGUCGUCCACCGCAGACAAAGACCCCGUAAGGGCUAUGCCAUGAAAACCAAGAAGAAGAAGGAGUACAAGCCCCAGCGUCCAAGAGGCCGCAGUUUCUCCCCCAGGGGGUUCAAACCCCCUCCCAUCACCGGUAUAACCCCCAGAGGGACCCGACCCAUUUCCAGCGAGGAGGACUUCUCAAACAAAGCCAUUGUGAUCGGCGUGCCACGACCCGACUUCAGCGACUAUGAGAUUUAUGUCCUGAAUGAGGGCGGUGAUGACCCGGAUGACGUCCUAGACAUGGCAGCGGUUAGUGCUGCAGAGGAGUAUGAGUACGUCGACUACAUUGACCCAUACAAAGAGAAGGAGGACAUGCAGGACCUAACUCUGGAUGAGAAUGCAAAAUAUUUCCUAAAAAUGGCGGGAGAUAACGUGAGGACAUACUUUAUUACCGCAGAGGAGGUGCAGUGGGACUACGGGGGCUACGGACAAAGGUAAGGACAAAAUAGGGGAUAGGGCUGAGGUCAGGGAUGUAUUGGGCAAAUGUAAUGUCUCUUGUUUAUUGUUCUAUGUGCUCAAAUUAGAAUUUUCUGACUGGAAUUAUACAUACCUUCUUUUUUGUUCAAUAAAACCUUUGUCUUUCGUCUCUCCCACAACAGGAGGCAUGAUAAGCCAGAGAAAACCGACAGGCCUACAAGAUUCUCCAAGGUAGUGUUCCGAGGUUACCUGGACAGCACGUUUAGCACGCCGGACAUCCGAGGAGAGAUGGACGAACACCUGGGCAUCCUGGGGCCAGUCAUCAAGGCAGAGGUUGGACAGACCAUAAUGGUAAGACAGGAAACCCUGAGGGCAGAAAACCUAACUACCUUUUGCUAACUUUUGCAUGAAUCUACUGUAGGUGAGUUGUGCCCAUGAUCAUGAAUAAUGGACCAUCUAAUCAAACUGAUGUUACUGGUCUGUAGGUAUGAAGGUAUUUUUCAGGAAAUUAAAUGUGUGUCCUUGGUCUGUAGGUAUUUUUCAGGAACCUGGCCAGCCGCCCGUACUCCUUGCACGCCAAUGGGGUUUCCUACACCAAGCAGACAGAGGGGUUGUCCUACGAGGACGAGUCCAAGCACUGGUACAAGUAUGACAACGAGGUCCAGCCCAACACAACAUACACGUACCUCUGGAAGGUCAACGCCAAUGUCGGGCCCACCGGAGACGAGUCUGACUGUCGCACCUGGGCCUACUACUCUGGGGUUAACCCUGUGAGUAAACACUUACCUUCUCAAAUCAAAUCAAAUUUUAUUGGCCACAUGCGCCGAAACAACAGGUGCAGACAUUACAGUGAAAUGCUUACUUACAGCCCUUAACCAACAGUGCAUUUAUUUUUAAUAAAACAGUAAAAUAAAACAACAACAAAAAAGUGUUGAGAAAAAAAAGAGCAGAAGUAAAAUACAAUUACAGUAGGGAGGUUAUAUAUACAGGGGGGUACCGGUGCAGUCAAUGUGCGGGGGCACCGGCUAGUUGAGGUAGUUGAAGUAAUAUGUACUGUUCUGAUGGUUUAGUUAACAUAGCUGAUACAACAUCACUAUUUUCUAUGUAUAGUCCCUUUUGUGCUUCUAAGAUAUUUCAUGUGACAACUCUGUGUUGACAUGUGAUGUCUUGUCCUCUGAGGUACCUCCUACACUAACCUGGUGUGUCCUUGUGAUCUGUUGAGAGAUAUUCCAAUAAUCUAGUGUUUGAUUGUUUGUUAUUGCUCAUCUCAUUCAGGAGAAAGAUAUAAACUCUGGUCUGAUUGGGCCAUUGCUGGUGUGUCGUAAGGGCACUCUUAGCAGGAAGGCAGUGGACAUGAGGGAGUUCAUGCUCCUCUUCAUGACCUUCGAUGAGUCCAAGAGCUGGUACUACGAGAAGAACCAUGAGAUAGUGCAGAGGAAGAACAAACGAGCCAGGGUGAUGGAACCUGACUUCAGAGAUAACCUCAAAUUCAGCGGUAGGCACCUUCUAAUCUAACAAAAAUGUGACUAAAUGAUAGGUGAUGGUAGGAUAACUGACUAGUGGGUCAUGGCUGGUCCCUCCUGGAUCAAGUCUUGAUUUUAGAUUUUUUGUUGUAAAAUCAAGGUAUGAGUAAUGAACAACAGAGACAAAAUAACAAAACAGAGAUUGUGUAAUCAUACAUUUCUUGUGGGGUUGUGUGUAUGUGUGGGGGGGGGGGCAGCCAUCAACGGAAUCAUCUUCAGUCUGAAGGGUCUGAGGAUGUACACUAACCAGACGGUCCGCUGGCACCUCUUCAACAUGGGCUCUCCCAGAGACCUCCACAGUGUCCACUUCCACGGCCAGACCUUCCUCCACAAACAGACCAGGGACCACACCCAGGCUGUCUACCCACUGCUGCCUGGUGAGAAUUUUACUGAAUGGAUGGAUGGAUGGUUUACAUGUUUUGUCACAUUUAUGUGACCCAUCCCUACUGUUGGGGCAAAAUGGUUCUAAUGCUAUGUAAAUGCUUGAGUUUAAAAGUAUUAUAUGUACUGUAUGUAUUUGAGUGGAAAAACACUGUUGUUUAACUUAGUCACGUAGGCUGUGAGAACUGAUUAGAACCUGUUCUUGUUUGUACAAUGCUUUAAAGAAGUGGAGCCAAGUCGGCUCUCUCUAUCUCUCGUAUAAACUUGCCUCCCCAUAGGAGAGGCAAGCAGCUUUUUGUAUAGAAGAAGUAUAUAAUGACAGUGUGACUGUAUCCUUUGAGUUCCUCUCCGGUUUAUCCUGAGUGUGAUCCUUGCAAUUGCUUGAAUAAACUCUUAUUAACUGGAUAAUGACCCCUACCUGAUCAUUGGAAAGAGUUUUCCUCAACACUACUAAUCUGCUCUGGUUUUGUUUCCCAGGGGGCUUUGCGACUCUGGAGAUGUUGCCGUCCAAGCCUGGGCUGUGGCAGCUGGAGUCAGAGGUUGGACUCUCCCAACAGAGGGGGAUGCAGACCCUCUUCCUGGUUCUAGAUAAUAGUACGACCCACUCAAAAGCACUUAUGCUUAUGGUACCACUUUCUCAAUGCCACAUGUUACAUCAAAGGUGUGAUGUCCAUCUCAACUCCUAGAGAGUCAUUUUUACUGCUAGUGUCAAUGCUUUUUGAGUGAAUUGAUUCAAGCCAAGUCAUAUCAAUAGUCAUUAUCCCAAAGAAUCAAUCCCAUAAUAAAAUCUAUUUUUGUGUGUUUUCCAGAGUGUUACCAUCCACUGGGUCUAAUUUCUGGGAGCGUCAAAGACAACCAGAUCACAGCGAACGACAAAAGAGGUAUCCCUCCACUCAGUAUCCCUCUGUCCCGCAUACCUCCACUCUGUAUCCCUCCACCCACCAGAUGUUGACUGUAAGUCGCUUUGGAUAAAAGCGUCUGCUAAAUGGCAUAUUAAUUAAUUAUUAAUUAAUCAGAAAUAAUACUGCCAACUGACAUUUGAUUAUUGACUUUAACUAGCUUCCCAAACUAGAUGUCCUUCCGCAAUGCUUUUACUUUUACUGCUGAAAAGCAACAUCCCAAGUAUAAAUACAGGAAAGUACACACACUAAAGGAUAAAAAAAUGUUUUGAACAAAAUAGUGUUUUUUAGACACAACUGCAAACUUCAAGGAGUUGGUCUGACGUCAAUCCGUGAUGUCAUCGGCCUUCCCCCUUGCUUGAGGAACAAUAGAUAACAAAAGAGGAAUUGCCCACUAUGCUAUGCCAUGACAUACCUGGACCACCUAUUGAGAUCUGCCUUUUGUUAAGUAAAUCAGGUGUUAACCUUUUACUGCAGUGGGCUAAAUCAGGGUCAUACUUAGUAGUCUUAAACAAAUCUACUUUGAAACAAAAGUGAACAUCUCACACACAUGGUUAUGGGCUUAAAAAGAAGAAGAUGUCAAAUAUGGAGUUGAAAUGCAUAACAUUUUGAGUUUGCAUCCCAAUAUUACACUUGAUAUACAUCACAUAAGACUGAAAUGUAACAAAACCGUUUGAAACAGAAACACCAGAUUUUCUGCGUUUUAUUUUAUUUUAUGUUUAUUAAUGAUGAAAUUAUGAAAAAUAUUAAUAACAUUCCACCCAUGAGGCCACUAGGUCAUUUGACUGCAGGAAAGGGCUACGUGAGGUGAAAAGGAGACUGGAGUGCCACUUUAACAGUUGCAGUGUUUUACCCAGAGGAUGCUGGUUGGAGGAGCUAUAGGAGGAUGGACUCAUUGUAAUGGCUGGAAUGGAAUAAAUGGAAUGGUAUCAAAAACAUAAAACAUAUGGAAACCACAUGUUUGACUCUGUUCCAUUCAUUCAAUUCCAGACAUUACAAUGAGCCUAUCCUCCUAUAGCUCCUCCCACCAGCAUCCUCUGGUUUCACUCUCUAACUAACUUAUUUCUCCUUAUGCAGGCUACUGGGAGCCCCAUCUGGCCAGACUGAACAACCAAGGCAAAUACAAUGCAUGGAGUACAGACAAGACAGGCAGCUGGAUACAGGUACAUAACCUCACCUGCCAGGGAAUACAUGUGGUGUCUGCAAUAUUAUGUAGCUGGUGAGCAGUGAGAAUGUAUUCCUCAAAGUUGCCUACAGGUGGGAGCAUAAUCAUAUCAUUACAGCGUCUUUGUGGGGAUGCCCUCUGUUGAUGGCGUCGGAGAAAUGGCGCCGGAGAGGAUGGCUGCCGUUUUACAGCCCUCUAACCAAUUGUACUAUUAUGUGUGUUUUUUCGCGUUAUUUGUAAUUUAUUCUGUACAUAAUGUUUCUGCCAUCGUCUCUUAUAACCAAAAAGAGCUUCUGGAUAUCAGGACAGCGAUUACUCACCUCGUAUUGGACGAAGAUUUUUUCUUCAACGAGUCGGACGCGAAGGAUAUCCUACAGACACCCGACAAGGCCCAAAUCCCCGUCAUUCACAGGAGAAAGAUACGGAGAUAUCGUGGACGUAGGUCAGGGUGCCUUGUAAGGAUCCGACGGCGAGCGAGUAAACUGCCUCUUCCAUCAAUCCUAUUAGCCAAUGUUCAAUCAUUUGAAAAUAAAUUAGAUGACCUAAGAUCACGGUUAUCUUACCAACGGGACAUUAAAAACUGUUAUAUCUUAUGUUUCACCGAGUUGUGGCUGAACGACAACAUGGACAACAUACAGCUGACGGGAUAUACGCUACAUUGGCAGGAUAGAACGGCUGACUCCGGUAAGACAAGGGGUGGGGUCUGUGUAUAUUUGUAAACAACAGCUGUUGCACAAAAUCAAAUACUAAGGAAGUCUCGAGGUUUUGCUCGCCUGAGGUAGAGUAUCUGUAAGCUGUAGACCACACUAUUUACCAAGAGAGUUUUCAUCUAUAUUUUUCAUAGCUGUCUAUUUACCACCACAAACCAAUGCUGUCAUUAAGAUUGCAGUCAAUGAGCUGUAUAAGGCCAUAAGUAUAUAGGAAAACGCUCAUCCAGAUGCAGCGCUCCUAGUGGCCGGGGACUUUAAUGCAGGGAAACUUAAAUCCGUUCUACCUAAUUUCUACCAGUAUGUUAAAUGUGCAACCAGAGGAAAAAAAACUCUAGACCACCUUUGCUCCACACACAGAGACGCAUACAAAGCUCUCCCUCGCCCUCCAUUUGGCAAAUCUGACCAUAACUCUAUCGUCCUGAUUCCUGAUUAUAAGCAAAAACUAAAGCAGGAAGCACCAGUGACUCGGUUAAUAAAAAAGUGGUCAGAUGAUGCAGAUGCUAAGCUACAGGACUGUUUUGCUAGCACAGACUGGAACAUGUUCUGGGAUUCUUCAGAUAGCAUUGAGGAGUACACCACAUCAGUCAAUGGCUUCAUCAAUAAGUGCAUCGAUGACAUCGUCCCCACAGUGACAGGACGUACAUACCCCAACCAGAAGCCAUGGAUUACAGGCAACAGCCGCACUGAGCUAAAGGGGUAUAGCUGCCGCUUUCAAGGAGCGGGACUCUGACCCGGACGCUUAUAAGAAAUCUCGCUAUGCCCUCCGACGAACCAUCAAACAGGCAAAGAGUCAAUACAGGACUAAGAUUGAAUCGUACUACACCGGCUCUGACGCUCGUCGGAUGUGGCAGGGCUUUAAAACUAUUACAGACUACAAAGGGAAGCACAGCCGUGAGCUGCCCAGUGACACAAGCCUACCAGACAAGCUAAACCACUUCUAUGCUCGCUUCGAGGCAAGCAACACUGAAGCAUGCAUGAGAGCACCAGCUGUUCCGGAUGACUAUGUGAUCACGCUCCCCGUAGCCAAUGUGAGUAAGACUUUUAAGCAGGUCAACAUUCACAAGGCCGCAGGGCCAGACGGAUUACCAGGACGUGUACAUGUGCUGACCAACUGGCAAGUGUCUUCACUGACAUUUUCAACAUGUCCCUGACUGAGUCUGUAAUACCAACAUGUUUCAAGCAGACCACCAUAGUCCCCGUGCCCAAGGACACUAAGAUAACCAGCCUAAAUGACUACCGACCCGUAGCACUGACGUCUGUAUCCAUGAAGUGCUUUGAAAGGCUGGUCAUAGCUCACGUCAACAUCAUUAUCCCAGAAACCCUAGAUCCACUCCAAUUUGCAUACCACCCCAACAGAUCCACAGAUGAUGCAAUCUCUAUUGCACUCCACACUGCCCUUUCCCACCUGGACAAGAGUGACACCUACGUGAGAAUGCUAUUCAUUGACUACAGCUCAGCGUUCAACACCAUAGUGCCCUCAAAGCUCAUCACUAAGCUAAGGAUCCUGGGACUAAACACCUCCCUCUGCAACUGGAUCCUGGACUUCCUGACGGGCCGCCCCCAGGUGGUAAGGGUAGGUAACAACACAUCUGCCACGCUGAUCCUCAACACGGGGGCCCCUCAGGGGUGUGUGCUCAGUCCCCUCCUGUACUCCCUGUUCACCCAUGACUGCAUGGCCAGGCACGACUCCAACACCAUCAUUAAGUUUGCCGACGACACAACAGUGGUAGGCCUGAUCACCGACAACGAUGAGACAGCCUAUAGGGAGGAGGUCAGAGACCUGGCCGUGUGGUGCCAGGAUAACAAUCUCUCCCUCAACGUGAUCAAGACAAAGGAGAUGAUUGUGGACUACAGGAAAAAAAAAGAGGACUGAGCACGCCCCCAUUCUCAUCGACGGGGCUGUAGUGGAACAGGUUGAGAGCUUCAAGUUCCUUGGUGUCCACAUCACCAACAAACUAUCAUGGUCCAAACACACCAAGACAGUCGUAAAGAGGGCACGACAAAGCCUAUUCCCCCUCAGGAGACUGAAAAGAUUUGGCAUGGGUCCUCAGAUCCUCAAAACGUUAUACAGCUGCACCAUCGAGAGCAUCCUGACUGGUUGCAUCACCACCUGGUAUGGCAACUGCUCGGCCUCCGACCGCAAGGUACUACAGAGGGUAGUGCGUACGGCCCAGUACAUCACUGGGGUCAAGCUUCCUGCCAUCCAGGACCUCUAUACCAGGCGGUGUCAGAGGAUGGCCCUCAAAAGUGUCAAAGACUCCAGCCACCCUAGCUUCUCAACAGCUUCUGCCCCCAAGCCAUAAGACAACUGAACAGCUAAUCAUUGCUACCCGGACUAUUUGCACUGCCCCCCCCCACCCCCACCCCACCUUUUUACGCUGCUGCUACUCUGUUAAUUAUUUAUGCAUAGUCACUUUAACUCUACCCACAUGUACAUAUUACCUCAACUAACCGGUACCCCCCUGUAUAUAGCCUCCCUACUGUUCUUUUAUUUUACUUCUGCUCUUUUUUUCUCAACACUUUUUUGUUGUUGUUGUUUUAUUUUACUUUUUUAUUAAAAAAUAAAUGCAUUGUUGGUUAAGGGCUGUAAGUAAGGAUUUCACGGUAAUGUCUACACCUGUUGUAUUUGGCGCAUGUGGCAAAUAACAUUUGAUUAGAUUAGAUUUGAUGUGGGGUCACAUGAGUGUCAUGCCUUGGGCCCUGAGUAUUUCCUGACCCUGUAAACCUGAUAGGCGAGGUUUAUGUGUCUCAACUUAUGCCUGGGUGGUGAUACCCAUUUGGUGACACCUGUAGUGAUGCCUACUGUGACAAUUGACCUGUAGGUAGACUUCCAGAGGCCCGUGGUGAUCAGUCAGGUAGCGACACAAGGCGCCAAACAGAUGUUCUCCUCCCACUACAUGGUCAACUACACCAUAUCCUACAGCACGGACAAGAAGAAGUGGAUCUACUACAAGGGAGACAGCAACGAGUUUAGGAUGGUGAGGAGUACACCUAUAGAACAGCAGGGUUGGAGAGCAAUGGAAUACAUGUAACGGGAUUAUGUAUUUUCAUUCUAACAUUGCUGUUAUUAUAGUUAUAUGUAUUGCGUUAUAUUUACAUUUUCAAAAAUCAGAGAUACUUCUGGUAAUAUUAAAUUAUACUUUUGAUAGAUACUUUCAAAUGUGUUCAUUGCUAUGACUGCUAAAUAUACAGAGAAACAGUACAUAUGACUAUAAAUGUAUUUAAUCCAAAUGUUGUUCUUCCAUUCUCCAGACGUUCACCGGUAACAAGGAAGCUCAUCAGGUGAAGGUCAACACCUUCUUCCCUCCCCUGAUUGGUCGGUUUAUCAGACUUCACCCUCUCCACUCGUACAACUCGCCCAUGGUCCGCAUGGAGUACUAUGGCUGUGAGCUGGACGGUGAGCGAUGAUGAUGAUGUUGUAGUCUCCCGAGAGGCGCAGUGGUCUAAGGCACUGCAUCGCAGUGCUAGCUGUGCCACUAGAGAUCCUGGUUUGAAUCCAGGCUCUGUCGUACCCGGCCGCGACCGGGAGACCCAUGGGGCGGUGCACAAUUGGCCCAGGGUAGGGGAGGGAAUGGCCGGCAGGGAUGUAGCUCAGUUGGUAGAGCAUGGCGUUUGCAACGCCAGGGUUGUGGGUUCGAUUCCCACGGGGGGCCAGUAUGAAAUUAAAAAAUAUAUAUAAUAAUAAUAAUGUAUGCACUCACUAACUGUAAAUCGCUCUGGAUAAGAGCGCCUGCUAAAUGACGUAAAUGUAAAAUGUAAAUGUUGUUGAUAAUGAUGAUGGGUAGCAUUCCUACUGUUUAAUGUAUGAUAGCAUCCAAGCCUAUGUUUGAGCACAAAUAUUUUCCAAUAAACUUACAAUAAAGUGAAUGUAAUCUAAUUCCCUCCAUCAGGUUGCUCAGUGCCCCUGGGUAUGGAGAGCAGGCGGAUAGAGGACCAUCGUAUCACUGCCAGCUCUACAGCCUCCAGCUGGUACUCUGGUUCCUGGCAAGCGUCACUGGCACGACUCAACACACAGGGCACCAUCAACGCAUGGCAGGCCAAGGUACGAUAACACACACAGAUCCACGUAGGCACAUGUGCACACACACAUAUGGACAAACUAAUGUGGGCACACUCACCAUUCCAGGUCAGUCAUCCCUCUGUCCCCCCCUGUCCCUCCCCAGAAUAACAACAUGAACCAGUGGCUGCAGGUGGAGCUGGCCCAGGUAAAGAAGAUCACAGGUAUCAUAACGCAGGGGGCCAAGUCCCUGAGCAAGGAGAUGUACGUCAUCUCCUACACUCUGGAGUACAGCGAUGAUGGACUAUACUGGAUCAAGUACACUGAUUUUGAUGACAACGUGUCAAAGGUAGGAUUGUCAGGCAAAAGGGUUAUGCGAUGGUAUUAAGAGUUGGUAUAGAGGGUUAUUUUACAGUCCUGCUGUUAAUUCUUUAUCCAAGCUAUGUUAUUGCUAAUAAGUAUUAAUCUGAUAUUAUUAUUACAUGAAGAUUUCAAAAUACUGACUGUCUUCCACUCACCCAGCAGAAUUUCCCCGGCAACACGGAUAACAACGGCCAUGUGAAGAACUACAUCUAUCCUCCCAUCUUCUCUCGUUUUAUCAGAGUCAUCCCUCAGAGCUGGAAGAACUCCAUCACUCUCAGGAUAGAACUGCUGGGUUGUGACUUUGAAUGAGGGACACACACAUCCAAGAUGCAAGAAUCUUGGGUGUGUGUGCAAGAAUCAAAUUUCUACUUUCACGCACAUCCAAAUGUCAGGUGCGUGCAGUAACCCAAACUAUCACAUAAAUUAUGAAUUGAUGUCAAAGGGAAAUUUGAGGGAAAUUUGAGUUAUGUGCACAUUUCUCAGAUUGGGAUUCAGCGCUUCGCUCAUAUAGGAUAAAGACAAUAAUACUGCUUUAUACAUGAGAAAGUUGCAUAAAGCUCAGCAGAUAGUAAAAUACAUAUUGCAGUAUGUCAUCUUUAUACUUUGUAUUUUGUAUCAUAAUUGAACAUGAAUGUAAUGUAAAUAAUGUAAGUAGUACUCAGAGUAUUUAAUUAGUUUUUGCCAAUAAAAAAAUAUAUUGUUGCUCAUA